AAAGAAUCUACUGGGUUCGUCGUAGCCUGAUACAUUUUUUAAGUGAUGGCAGAAGGAGUAGUAGAAGAACUGGUAGAAGAGCUGGAAGAACUGGACAUUGCAGCUGAAGGCAAUAACUGGUUAGUCACCGAAACUGACGUCAGAAUGUUGAUGGACAAAGUAGCACGCCAUCGCUAUUACAAAUCGGAUAAUGAUUCGGAGAGUGCAUCCAUCAUGAACAUGUGUACGAUGCUCUUCAAUAGAGACUAUGAAUGUCAGCAUCUAGAUAAUCAGUGUGGGAAACUCUGCCCGACUUAUCCAAUGAACAUAAUUAUUCCUAUAAAAGAGAGAGCAGCAGACGUUGCUGAAGCGCAGUUUCCGAGCACUAGCUUCGAUGUUGAUGAAUUCGCUCCACUGGUUGAGCAGUCGCGCUUUUCUAGACGCCAUAACAGGUUUCCUGUGCCUGUUAUCUUAUUUUGUGGAAAGUAUAUUUGCCGUUCUGCUUCAGUCCAUCCUAACGUGGUGUCUCAAUGGUACGAAAAGGAUGGAAGAUAUAGAUAUUUUGAGGACACUGAUUUCCAAUACGGGAUGACCACUACUUGUGCAACCUAUUUACUACAGAAUCUUAAAUUCCAAAGACAAAUAAGAAAGGAUGUUGAUGUCAUGAGGUACUGUAAUAUACGUUAUAUUUUUGACUUGAGAAUGGAAAACAGAAUGGGCAAGCGUUCUGAAGCAGUGAAUGCUUCAGAACCUUUUUACUUGCAGUAUUAUGAAGAAUUCAAAAGAAUUUCCGUACCUUACCCAGAGUCCAGUGAGUUUAAAGAGUUCUACUUCAAUCGAAGGGUAGAUUUACUACAUUACAAUUGGAAUUCGAUAAGGGACUGCUUCGAUUUUCAGCUACCUGAGAAUGAUUCCAUAGUACCUCCUCCAAAAAUAGACUUUACUAAAUACAAGGAAUGGAAAGUUGUUAUGCUUACUUUCAAUUAUUUUUCCCUCUUAUUGAACUAUGUAACUUCUACCGAAAAGGCAAUCCUUGUCCAGGGCAAUAGAGGUUUUGAUAAGACGCCACUCUUCAUAACCCUUUUACGUUUGUCACUUUGGGCUGAUGGCUUGAUCCACAAAUCGUUAAAUCCUAUAGAGAUGUCUUACUUAACGCUAGCAUAUGAUUGGUACCUCUUCGGGCAUGACCUACCCAAACAAUUUGAUAAAGGAUACCUGAUCAUGCUUUUCUGCAUCCAUUCCAUCAGAUAUAUUACGUGGCUAAGAGUGUCUUCAGCCUCAAGUGACAGAUGGCGAAAUCGAGUAAGCAGCAGGUUUGGAAGGUAGUACGGGGCAGCCCGAAGUCUCAUGAUGACCGUCUGCAUCAACUCACAGAAGUAUUUGAGCUAUUAGACGGAGUAUAUUUUGAUGUAUUGGAAACAAUUAAGGAGGAAAGAUUAGAUUUUUCAUAAU